AUGGCUAAUAGAUUAAAAGUUGUUAUGGGUAAAAUUAUUCAUCCUUUACAAGGAGCUUUUGUCCCCGAAAGAUUAAUUCAAGAUAAUGUUCUCCUGGCUCAUGAAGUUUUUCAUUCUUUUAAAAAUAAAAAAGGGUUGAGAGGUUGGAUUGCUUUGAAACUGGAUAUGAAAAAAGCGUAUGAUCGUCUAGAGUGGAAUUUCAUCUUUAUUACUCUUGAGAAAUUGGGUUUCUGCUCUCGUUGGAUAGAGUGGCUAAAACAAUGUAUUACUACUGUCUCCUUUUCAGUUUUAGUUAAUGGUAUUCCUGGUGAAACUUUUGUCCCGUCAAGAGGAAUUCGUCAAGGAGACCCUUUAUCUCCUUAUAUCUUUAUUUUAUGUGCAGAAAUUUUAGCUCGUCAAUUGCAUAGAGCUAGUUCUAUUGGCUCUUAA